UCAAGUGAAAUGCUUGGAGACCUGGCGAGGGAAGAGCUGGGUGAAACACCGGAAGUGAAACGAAGAUGCCUGGAGGACUUAAGGCAACUUCUUGAAGGUGAGGAGAACUUGCGACUACCUCAAGACGAUGCAUUCCUGCUCAUGUUUCUCCGAGCCCGCAAAUACCGAGUCAAAGACGCACUCAAGAGGAUCAAAAACUACUUUCGCAUUCGCAAGGACGUUCCCGAGUAUUUUGAAAAUCUCACACCAUCCAGCAUUCCGUACCAGACAGUGUGCUAUGAACACAAGCUGAUUUUGUCAUCGAAAAAGCGAGAUCCUCUGCGCAGAGCUGCAGGAUAUCUUAGGUUCGGAGCUUGGCAUAGUAGCAUAUGUUCAAUGGACGAGUCAUCAGGUGCCUAUUGGUGGCCACCGAAUGCAACCUCCUCUCAGAAGAGACACAGAUUCGCGGUGCUGUGGCUAUCAUAGACAUGGAAGGCUUCAGUAUGCACCAUCUCCUCGUGCUAUCACCGUGGUUUCUUCGUCGAGCACUCACUAUCAUAGAGGUGCGUGCUGCUUCCGAGCCCGUGGAGUUUAGAUUCUCUCCCAGUCCGCAUCAAGGGAUUUUACUUUGUAAACACACCAACCAUCUCAGUAUUGCUUACACUCUCAUCAAGUCACUCAUGUCACCGAAAUUAAGGAAAAGGGUCCGACUACUUGGAAGCGACUUCUCGGCUCUGCACGACAUUCUUCCUUCCGACAUCAUACCAAAAGAGUGCGGCGGAGAGCGGGAGGACUUCGACUACCACAGACAGGAGAAAUUCUUCCUCAGCAACGCCAGACAUUUUGAACAAAUGAGUCAGUUUGGCUACUCGUCAACGUAAAUAAACGGAAUGGUUGCGAUAUCAGGCAAACUU